AUGGCAACAGAAAUAAAAAAUUUGAAGGCUAUCUUUGAAAUAUUCGACAAGUUAAAUUCUAAAGUUGAUGAAGCUAUGUGUUCGUUAUCGUUUCUAAGUGCAAAAUAUGAUGAGCUAAAUGAUAAAGCUAUAAAUAUGGAAGCAGGAAUGAAAAAGCUAAAAGAUGAGAACUCUAUUUUAAAACGCGAUCUUGCUAACACAAAGGUUGAAAAUGAUCUAUUGAAAAUUGCUCAAGACGAACUUGAGCAGUAUGGAAGACAAGAAUGUGUCGAAAUAAGAGGGAUUCCUUUGGUUCCUGACGAGAAUACUAAUGAAAUUGUCAUAAAAUUGGCAUCUAAACUUGGGAUUGAUAUUACCGAAACUGAUAUAUCUAUUAGUCAUCGCUUGGGGACCCCAGCUGCUGGCAGUACCCGUUCUGGUCGUUCUUUCA